AGCCCUCCAGUGAUCAAGCUGAACUCGGUGAUGCUGAGGGAGGCUGAGUGGACUAUCCCUGUUGGUACCUCAUCUUUCACCUUGACCUGUGAGGGCUACAGCACAGUUACCUGGUCUACCACAGCAUUCAAACUCAUGAGGAAUACUAGAUUGGGGAGUGUGAUUACCACCAGGCGCCUUACAGUAGACUACACUGGCACAUACAAGUGCAUGUAUGAGAACCAACCAGACCUCAGCUCAGAGGUCCACAUCUAUGUGAAAGAUCCCCAUAACAUCUUGGUGACCCCUCGAACCCUGGGAGAUGUGAAGGAGGGCAGUGAUGUUCUCCUCUGUCAGCUGACAAACCCCAUAGCCACCGACCUAUCCGUCCGUAUGGCCAACGGAGACCCUACACCCCCCGACAUGAACUACACUGUCAACCCAAAGAGAGGAAUCCUCAUCCGACAUCUUCUGACCAGCCACAGCGCAGACUACGUCUGCAGCGCAAAGAUCGAUGGGGUCACGAGAGUCUCCAAAGUUGUCCCCAUCUUCGUCAUUCAAAGGUUGCGUUUGCCACCAUCUGUGCUAAUUGAGGUAGAUGGGUAUGUUCGUAUUGUCGGAGAGCAGCUCCUGAUCCCCUGCAUCACUAGCAACCCUAACCACUUCUACAACGUGACGUGGAAACACUCCUCCCUCAAAGCAUUGGACUUUUCACAUAAAAUGAUACAAGAGGACCAGAGUAAUCAAGUGCACAUCACCAGUAGUGUGACUAUCCCAGCUGUGGCCAUGUCUCACACAGGAAACUUCACCUGUACAGCCAUGAAUGAGGCUGGGUUCAACAGCUCCACCACCUACCUGCAGGUUGUAGAUAAGCCUUACAUUAGGCUCAUACCCCGCCUGUCACCAGAUCUCUACUUAAAUGGCUCCUUAGUUGAAGUGAACGAAGGAGAAAACCUUGAGAUAAACAUUCUAAUCGAGGCGUAUCCCCAAAUCAAGGAGCAGUGGUGGGACAUCCCCAUGUCUCACAAUCACAACAUCUCCACUCAUGACGACACAUGGGCCGUCCGAUACAAUAACAGGUACGAGAGCAGCUUGCUGCUACAGAGAGUGAGGUCUGAGGAGAGAGGCCAGUACACCCUCCACACUAGGAGCACAUGCCUCAAUGGCUCCAUCACCUUCAACGUCCAAGUCUACCAGAAACCCACUGCCAUGGUCAGACUGAAGAAUGUUACCACCCUGACCUGCACCGCCUCUGGAUACCCAGCUCCCACAAUCAUCUGGUACCAGUGCCCAGGAAUACAAAACACGUGUGAUGGUGACAAUGACACCGUGGAGGUGCAGCCUCUUCUCACCAGCACCAUGGAGGUGCAGAGUGAGCUGACCCUCAGUCCCUCAAGUACGGAGGUCACAGUGGAGUGUGUGACCUUUAACCUGGUUGGUAAAGAGCGGGACAUCUUCGUAUUGCGUGUCCCUGCUGCGAGUACAUCAACAUUUGUCACGCCCAAGCUGUUCACACCCACUUUCAUUGGAGCCACCAGCACAGCAGCCCUUCUCUUCCUUCUGCUUGUCAUUGUCCUGUACAAAUACAAGCAGAAACCAAAAUAUGAAGUCCGGUGGAAGAUCAUCGAGGCCAAUGAUGGGAAUAACUACACCUUUAUUGACCCUACACAACUUCCUUAUAACAAGAAGUGGGAGUUCCCUCGUGAUAAGCUGAGGCUUGGCCAGAUUCUGGGAGCAGGGGCUUUUGGGAAAGUAGUGGAGGCCACUGCCUAUGGUCUGGGGACCGAUGACAACAUGACCACGCGCGUGGCAGUAAAGAUGCUCAAGCCAAGCGCCCACUCAGAAGAGAGAGAAGCUCUGAUGUCAGAACUGAAGAUCCUCAGUCACCUGGGAUCUCAUGACAACAUUGUUAACCUGUUAGGGGCAUGUACUCAAGGAGGCCCAAUGCUGAUGAUCACGGAGUACUGCAGCUAUGGCGACCUGCUGAACUUCUUGCAUGGCAAGGCCAAGCUGUUCCUGUACUCUAUCCCGAGCGGACCAGGGACUCCAGAGGUUCCACGGGUUCCAGAGAACAGUGAUCACUACAAGAACACAUGUGCACAGGAGUCCCGUGUAAGGAGUGACAGUGGGAUCUCCUGCUCCAGCUCAGACAACUACCUGGACAUGCAUCCAGCGCAGAGACCCAAACACUGUCCUAUGGGUUCCCUAUGUGAGGAUCCAGAGACAGGCACCUGGUCGCUGGACAUAGAAGACUUGUUGAGGUUCUCCUCUCAGGUGGCUCAGGGAAUGGACUUCCUGGCAUCCAAAAAUUGCAUUCACAGGGACGUGGCGGCUAGGAACGUCCUCUUGACCGAUGGCCGUGUGGCUAAGAUCUGCGACUUUGGCCUCGCCAGAGACAUCGAGAAUGACUCCAACUAUGUGGUGAAAGGAAAUGCCCGUCUGCCAGUGAAAUGGAUGGCCCCUGAGAGCAUCUUUGAAUGUGUGUACACAGUGCAGAGUGACGUCUGGUCCUAUGGGAUACUGCUGUGGGAGAUCUUCUCUCUGGGUAAGAGCCCAUACCCUAAUGUUGUGGUGGACACCCGGUUCUACAAGAUGAUCAAAGAUGGAUGCUACAUGUCUCAACCGGACUUUUCCCCUCCAGAAAUAUACACCAUCAUGAAGAUGUGCUGGAACCUGGACCCAACAGAGCGUCCAACCUUCAGUACCAUCGUCCAACUUAUCCAAAAGCUACUGCCUGACCAGCCAGACCAUACCUACAGGAAUGUGCAGGAUACGACUCCACAGCAGGAGGCAGGAGAGCAGGGGGACCCAGCUAAGAUGAAUGAGGAUUGUGAUCAGACACUGUACCAGGAGGGAGAGGAGCAGCCCCUGAUGAAAAAGAACAACUACCAGUUCUGCUGAGAGCACAUCAGGCCAUCAUCAAUGACUAUACAUUCACAUUAAAAUCUGUCAAUCACAGGCAAGAGAUGGGUGGACACACACCAGUUUAUCCAAAUGUCUUGAUUCUCAUUGUACAGAACAUGCCAUACAGUAGCUGCCAGUAAGCAACAUCGGGAACUAAGCUUUUAUGCCUUGAUCAUGUUAUGCCUUGAUCAAAUGACCAAAAGCUCAUAAUUAGGUCAUAUAAAUGUAAUUAUCUUUAAAGCUGCAAUAUGUACGUUUUUGGGUGACCCCACCAAAUUCACAUAGAAAUGUGAGUUAUAGAUCUGUCAUUCGCAGUGAAAGCAAGUCUAAGAAGCAGUAGAUCUGUUCUGUGCACUAUUUCUAUGCUUUUCCGUGCACAGGUUUCGUUUUUGCAUCUUUCACUUUCUAUUUUGUACACAAGAUUCAAACAGCUGAAAAUACAAUACUUGUUGUUAUUUCACAGCGGUUUAGACGGUACAAUGAUUCACAACACUAUACUUGCUUGUUUUGUCAUAAACUGAAAUUAGGCAUACUAUUAGAAUGUUAGCAACCAGGAAAUGGCUGAGCGAUUUCUAGAUAAUGUACCUUUAACAUUUAUGAGAUACUUUACUAACUGAUCUAACCGGCUUGAUAAACUCGAUGAAUGUCUAUCGGAAAAGAAAGCCAGUUACAUAUGCAGCUUUAUGUUUCCAAAACUCCCAAAAUUCUCAACACCAAUUUUACUGAACUGAGAUCAACGUUUCAGCAUGCCUAAGCAGCACAAAAAUACAUAGUUAUUGCAGAAACGUUUUACUAUUAUAGUGUAUAGUAGCAACAUAGUCUCUUUUGAAAGUUUCUCUUAAGUGUUUGAAAAUCUGAAGUGUGUGAACUUCAAUGUAACCAAAUGAUUUCUGUUUUUUGUCUUGCCUUUAGAGUAAGAAAUGCUUUACAUUCAACUGAAACCUACCGUGACUCUUGGCACUCUCAACACCAACUUCACAAGGUAGUGACCUGGAAUGAAUUUCAAUUAACAGGUGUGCCUUGUUAAAAGUUCAUUUGUGGAAUUUCUUUCUUUCUUAAUGCUUUUGAGCCAAUCCGUUAUUGUGCGGAAAACUUCAGGAACUUUCAAAGUUUCUUCAAGUGCAGUCGCAAACACCAUCAAGUGCUAUGAUGAAACUGGCUCUCAUGAGGACCGCCACA